AUGGUGAUGGGAGAAAGAACCAGCGCCCCAGGGAUUCGUUGGCCCGCGGCGCGGCGCCUCCCGCCAGGUGGACCCCCUCGACCGCCGAGCACCUGCAGGGGGGAGGGCCGCUCCGCCCCGGCCCCGGCCAAUAGCAGCGAGGACUGGCCGCGCGGGCCUGUGGGACUGGGGCGAGUUGUGCGGGGGAGCUCCCGCGGAUGGCACCGCGGUGAUUGGCGCUGCGCCCGCGCGGACGGCGCUGCACUCUCGGGGCCGCCCGGUCACCUGGGCCUCCGGGCCCGCACAGCCUCGCCCAUGGCGGUGGCGGAGCUGUACACCCAGGGUCUUGCCCUGCUGAGGCCAGGGUUCAGCCCGUCUCAUUCUGUUGGUCAGUACAACAGGGUUUGGAUCCCCGAUCCUGAAGAAGUGUGGAAGUCUGCGGAGAUCGCGAAGGACUACAGAGUCGGCGGCAGAGCCCUGGGACUCCGGCUGGAGGAUGGCACGGAGUUGGAUUAUCCCAUCGACCCUGAAUCUCUGCCGCCGCUGCGCAAUCCUGACAUCCUGGUGGGCGAGAAUGACCUCACGGCUCUUAGUUACCUCCACGAGCCCGCCGUGCUCCACAACCUCAGGAUCCGCUUCGCAGAGUCUAAGCUCAUCUACACCUACAGUGGAAUCAUUUUGGUGGCCAUGAACCCUUACAAGCAGUUGCCCAUCUACGGAGAUGCCAUCAUCCACGCGUACAGUGGGCAGAACAUGGGCGAUAUGGACCCGCACAUAUUUGCCGUGGCCGAAGAGGCAUACAAGCAGAUGGCCAGAAACAAUAAAAAUCAGUCAAUAAUUGUGAGUGGGGAGUCGGGGGCUGGGAAGACGGUGUCGGCGCGCUAUGCCAUGAGGUACUUCGCCACCGUGAGCAAGUCGAGCAGUAAGGCGCACGUGGAGGACAAGGUUCUGGCGUCCAAUCCCAUAACCGAGGCUGUCGGCAACGCCAAAACCACCCGCAACGACAACAGCAGUCGCUUUGGGAAAUACACAGAAAUCAGUUUUGAUGAGAGAAAUCAAAUCAUAGGAGCCAACCUGAGAACGUACCUGCUGGAGAAGUCCAGAGUUGUCUUUCAAUCAGAAAAUGAGCGCAAUUACCACAUCUUCUACCAGCUUUGUGCGUCUGCCCAGCAGCCGGAAUUCAAGCACCUUAAACUGGGGAGCGCGGACGAAUUUAACUACACAAGAAUGGGAGGCAGUACCGUGAUCGAGGGUGUAAACGACCGAGCGGACAUGGCUGAGACUCAGAAGACCUUCACCUUGCUGGGUUUCAAGAAGGAUUUUCAGAUGGAUAUUUUUAAGAUCCUGGCUGCCAUCCUACACCUGGGCAACGUGCAGAUCACUGCGGUGGGCCACGAGCGGUCCUCCAUCAGUGAGGACGACAGACACCUGAAGGUGUCCUGUGAUCUGCUGGGCGUGGAGACAGGCAAACUGUCUCAAUGGCUCUGCCAUCGCAAGAUCAUCACGACCUCUGAGACGGUGGUGAAGCCCAUGACCAGGUCCCAGGCUGUCAAUGCCAGGGACGCGCUGGCCAAAAAGAUCUACGCCCAGCUCUUUGACUUCCUCACAGAGGGUUUUGAAACCUUUGAUGUGAACAGCUUUGAACAGUUUUGCAUCAAUUAUGCGAAUGAAAAAUUGCAGCAGCAGUUUAACCUGCAUGUCUUUAAACUUGAACAAGAAGAAUAUAUGAAGGAAGAUAUCCCUUGGACUCUGAUAGAUUUCUAUGACAACCAGCCAGUCAUUGACCUGAUCGAAGCCAAGAUGGGCAUCUUGGACUUACUGGAUGAAGAAUGCUUGUUGCCGCAUGGGACCGAUGAAAACUGGCUGCAGAAGCUGUAUAAUCAUUUUGCCAACAAGAACACCUUGUUUGAAAAGCCCAGAAUGUCCAACACAUCCUUCAUCAUCCAGCACUUUGCUGACAAGGUGGAGUACAGAUGUGAAGGUUUUCUUGAGAAGAACAGAGACACCGUCUACGACAUGCUGGUCGAAAUCCUGAGAGCAAGCAAGUUUGACCUCUGCGCCCACUUUUUUCAAGAACAUCCAGUUCCGUCUUCCCCGUUCGGUUCAAUGAUCACAGUGAAAUCUGCAAAGCAAGUCGUCAAGCCCAACAACAAGCAUUUCCGGACCACGGUUGGGAACAAGUUCUGCAGCUCGCUGUACUUACUCAUGGAGACCCUCAAUGCGACCACGCCCCACUACGUCCGGUGCAUCAAGCCAAACGAUGAGAAAUUACCUUUUGAGUUUGACUCCCAGAGAAUUGUCCAGCAGCUGCGCGCCUGUGGUGUGUUGGAGACAAUUCGCAUCAGCGCACAGAGCUACCCCUCCAGGUGGACGUACAUCGAGUUCUACAGUCGCUAUGGCAUCCUCCUGACCAGGCAGGAACUUGCAUCCAGUGAUAAAAAGGCGGUGUGCCAAGCGGUCUUGCACAGGCUCAUCCAGGAUUCGAAUCAGUACCAGUUUGGUAAAACCAAGAUUUUCUUCAGAGCAGGACAAGUGGCGUAUUUAGAGAAACUGCGGCUAGAUAAACUGAGGCAGGGUUGUGUCGUGAUACAGAAGCACAUCCGUGGCUGGCUGCAGAGGAAAAGGUUCCUCCGAGAGAAGCGAGCAGCCCUGACAAUCCAGCAGUACUUCCGCGGUCAGCACACCGUGCGGAAAGCCAUCACGGCAGCAGCUUUGAAAGAAGCCUGGGCGGCCAUCGUCAUCCAGAAGCACUGCCGGGGGUACCUGGUCCGCAAUUUGUAUCAGCUCAUUCGCCUGGCCACCAUCACGAUCCAGGCCUACGCGCGGGGACUCUUGGCGAGGAGGCAGUAUCGCAAGAUGCUGCAGGAACACAAGGCUGUCAUCCUUCAGAAAUACGCCCGGGCGUGGCUGGCCAGACGCAGAUUCCAAAGUAUCCGACGGUUCGUGCUGAACAUUCAGCUUACUUACAGGGUCCAGCGUUUGCAGAAAAAGCUGGAAGACCAGCACAAAGAGAGCCAUGGGUUGGUGGAGAAGCUGACCAGCCUGGCCACUCUCCGGGCCGGCGAUGUGGAGAAGAUUCAGAAGCUGGAGUCUGAACUGGCGCGAGCAGCCGCUCACUGGCACCAUUACGAGGAGACGGGGAAGAGAUACAAGGACACCGUGGAAGAGGUCCGGGCUGAGAAAAUGGACAAGCUCACCAGGCAGCUCUUUGACGACGUGCAGAAGGAGGAACGACAGAGAGUACUUCUUGAGAAAAGUUUUGACGUGAAAGCCCAAGAGUAUGAGAAGCAGAUCGGGUCUCUGAAGGGGGAAAUCCAGGCUCUCCAGGACGAGAAGGCGCAGCUCCAACAUCAGCUGGAGGAGGAGCGGGUCACCUCGGAAGGCUUGAAGGGGGAAGUGGCCCGGCUGAGCUCGCAGGCAAAGACGAUCUCCGAGUUGGAAAAGGAGAUCGAGCUACUUCAGACGCAGAAGAUAGAUGUGGAGAAGCACGUGCAGUCCCAAAAACGAGAAAUGAGAGAAAAGAUGUCAGAGAUCACGAAACAACUUCUUGAAAGCUAUGACGUUGAAGAUGUCAGAAGCAGGCUCUCUCGGGAAGACUUGGAGCAUCUAAACGAGGACGGAGAGCUGUGGUUUGCUUACGAAGGACUGAAGAAAGCAACCCGGUCAGACAUGCCCACGGGGAUCUUUCCUGUUUCUCAGAGGAUGAUUCCAGAUUUCAAACAACAAAUAUCAGAACUGGAGAAACAGAAGGAAGAGUUGGAAAUGCGGCUGAAUGAACAAACUGAAAAACUGAGAGGAAAACUGGAAGAAUUGUCUACUCCGUUGAAUUACAGCCGUGAAGAGGACAGGACCCUGAGGAAAGCCAACGAGGUCCCAAACGAAAUGGGCACCGGAGAGAAAGAAAAGCUCAUCCGCAAGAUGCAAGAAAUGCGGGAGGUCAUCGAGCCCUUGAAGAAACAAUUCGACACGGAAAGCGAAGUCAAGAGCGGCUUCCUGCAGGAAGCGUCAAGACUCACCCUGGAAAACAGAGAUCUUGAAGAAGAGUUGGACAUGAGGGACAGGCUGAUUAAAAAGCUACAAGACCAAGUUAAGACGCUCACCAAGACCAUUGAAAAAGCCAAUGACGUGCACUUGCCUUCAGGACCCAAGGAGUACCUUGGCAUGCUGGAGUACAAGAGGGAAGAUGAGGCCAAGCUCAUUCAGAACCUCAUUCUCGACCUGAAGCCUCGCGGUGUGGUGGUGAACAUGAUCCCGGGGCUGCCGGCUCACAUCCUCUUCAUGUGCAUCCGCUACGCAGACUCCCUAAACGACGCCAGCAGGCUGAAGUCCCUCAUGAACAGCGCCAUUGACGGCAUCAAGCAGGUGGUCAAGGAACAUUUAGAAGACUUUGAAAUGCUGUCCUUCUGGCUCUCCAAUACUUGCCAUUUCCUCAAUUGUCUGAAGCAGUACAGUGGAGAAGAGGAAUUCAUGAAACAUAACAGUCCACAUCAGAAUAAGAAUUGCUUGAGUAACUUUGACCUUUCAGAAUACAGACAAAUUCUGAGUGAUGUGGCUAUUCGAAUCUAUCACCAGUUCAUUGUCGUGAUGGAAAAUAACAUCCAGCCAAUCAUAGUGCCAGGCAUGCUGGAGUACGAGAGUCUGCAGGGCAUUUCCGGCCUGAAGCCCACGGGCUUCCGGAAGCGGUCAUCCAGCAUAGAUGACACAGACGCCUACACAAUGACGUCAGUCCUGCAGCAGCUGAGCUACUUCUACAGCACCAUGUGCCAGAACGGCCUGGACCCCGAGCUCGUGCGGCAGGCCGUGAAGCAGCUCUUCUUCCUGAUUGGGGCCGUGACCCUGAACAGCCUCCUGCUGCGCAAGGACAUGUGCUCCUGUAGAAAAGGGAUGCAGAUAAGGUGCAACAUCAGCUUCUUGGAGGAAUGGCUGAAAGAUAAGAAUUUACAGAACAGCCUGGCCAAGGAAACCCUGGAGCCGCUCUCCCAAGCAGCCUGGUUGCUUCAGGUUAAGAAGACCACAGAGAGUGAUGCUCAGGAGAUCUAUGAGCAAUGUACCUCGCUGUCUGCUGUGCAGAUCAUAAAGAUCCUCAAUUCCUACACACCAAUAGAUGACUUCGAGAAAAGAGUGACUUCAUCCUUCGUUCGCAAAGUACAGGUGCUCCUAAACAGCCGGGAGGAUUCAUCGCAGCUGCUGUUGGACACCAAGUACCUCUUUCAAGUCACAUUCCCUUUCACCCCCUCCCCGCACGCUCUGGAGAUGAUCCAGAUCCCCAGCAGUUUCAAGCUGGGCUUUCUCCAUCGAUUGUAGCAGGAGAGAAGAAAAGGACAAGAUGACAUUGAUACAGAGGGGCCCUGCCCGUGGGGGCCUGCGGACCCAUCGCUUUCCUGAGCCGCCCCAAGAAUCCCAGCGCCCCUUGGAUUUCGUGCAGAGUCGCGGCCGUGGCUGUGACGUCAUGACGUGGGCGCGUGCACAGCUCGUGGGGCGAACGUGCGUGACUCCGAAGCAGCAUCGCCCUGCUACUACGCCUGUUUUCAUGUGGCGAAUUAUUGUUUCAACUCCGUUUAGUUAAAUGCAUCGCAUAUGAAGAAAUGAAAACUGCAACGUCUUCGCUUUUAAUCAAUAAAAAUCA